AUGAACCUCGAUGAUCGUGAAAAUAUUUUGAUAGACAAAUGUACACCGAUAGGAUUCUUCUUUAACAAUAAAACAGCAAUGAUGGGCCCACUUGUGAUUUUUCCAAAAACUAUUCUGUGUUGGAAUGUUUCAUCUGGAAAUGAUAUAAACAAGGAGAGCUUGUCUUUAUUUACUGCUUUAGAACCAAAGCCAGAUAUAGUAGUCAUAGGGCUUGAAACUCAAUACGAGUACAGUAAAAUUGUUAAAAUGAAAGAAGUGUUACACGACAAGCAAAUCAAUGUUGAAGUACUUCCUACAGAUAUUGCAUGUGGUAUCUAUAAUUUUUUAUGUAAUGAAGGCAGAUACGUUGGGGCAGCUCUGAUACCUCCAUUGAGAUCAGAAAAUCCAAUACUCAAAAGAUUGAAAUCUAAUAUGAGUACCAUCCAAAAACAGAAACUAAUAGAAUCUUAA